AUGAAGGCAAAUGAAUUCCCGCCACCGCAAGAAGAAUACCCAUCAGAGCCAUACGAGAGAGAAGAACAAGAAGAAGAACAAGAACAAGAAGAAGAGGAGUAUAUUGAGAUGGAUUACGCCUCGGAGAUUGAAGAGUGCUCGCACUAUAUCUUCAGCGAACGCCCCUACUGCCGCAACACCACCCACGCCGAGGAGGAUGAGGAAAUGGAUGUUGAUUGGGUGCUCCUCCGCCAACAACAACAGCGGCAGCGGCGGGUGGAGGAAGAGAGAGAAACGGACGGGGGCUGCGCGGCUCCCGCCUACGGCCACGUCGCCCUCCGCGCCCUCAUCACGGAGGCCCGCCGCAAACAUCUCUCGCACCUCCGCCGCAGCGGCAGCAGCGCCGCCGUUGUGUUGGAGGCCAAACGCCACUGGCGGCUGCUCGCCCACCGCACCGCCGAAGAUCUGCAGCUGUUGGGCUACGAGCGGGUGCGGCGCUCCGUGGCCGCCAUGUGUCUCUUCAACCUCGAGAAUGGACUCCUCUUCGACGACAGCAGCAGUAAUAGUAAUAGUAGUAAUAGUGGAGUCUACGCCCGCGAUAUUGUGCGCAACAAGGAGCGGCUGCUGCAGCAAUUACGGGAACAGAACACACUCUUCAUCUCCACCCCAACAACACCAACAGUAAUGGAGAUUCAACGUGGAGAAGAGGAAGAGGAGUGUACAUUGCCGUUCUUCAUGUCAUCCGUGGCGGAUGUGUUGCCGCCGCUCUGUGUGUUUCCGGUGCCUUUUCUCAAUCCCAAUCUCCUCGAGGCGUCGUCCACGGAGUUGCCGCUACUUGGCGACGGUGAUGGGUGUUUACUCGACACUUCCCUCGAGAGCGGCGGGGGGGCUAGCAGUAGCAACAACAGUAGUAACUGCAAUAAUAGCAGUAGCAAUAGUAGUAACAACAGCGACACAGACGACUGCGACUCACCAAAGUUGUCCACAGAUGAUGUGCGACUAGUAACAUCAUGCCGCUGA